AGAAUGCCUCACACUGGUGAUCAUGGCCGCUUCCUGAAGGGGGUGAACUGAACAGCUGUGCCCCUGAUUCCCUUUGAGGAAGAAAAUUUCAAGAUACAUUUUAAUACUGAAAGGCGACAGCUUCCCUAGGGACUGGUUUCUACAAAGGUUAUAUACUCUUUGCUACAAUUAUGAAACUGCUGGGCAUUGUACAGCUUAGGAAUUCAAAGUGCUCUUUCUACACAUCAGUAAUACCAAGAAUAAUGUCAUGGCACUGGAUUCUGUUCUUCAGGAGUCACUCCACUAUAAAGUACAAAAGAACCGUUAAAGAUUGUUGCAGAAUACUAAAUGUGCCUGAAGGGUGUUCUGUAGAGGAAGUCAGACAUUCGUAUCGAUGUCUGGCAAAGAAAUACCAUCCAGAUAGCGGCUCUCUUUGUGCAGAUGCUGGCAAGUUCAUGGAGGUAGAUGAAGCCUACAAAGCUUUGCUUACACACCUGGCCAAAGAAAUAAAAAAGGGAGAAAGUGAAGCCAAUGAAGAAACCACAACAGAAUCUAAAGUACCACAGCACAGGCACUACCUCAGCUUUGAAGGUGUUGGCUAUGGAACCCCAAGCCAAAGAGAGAAACAAUAUACUCAGUUCCGUGUAGACCGGGCAACUGACCAGGUUUUGGAAUUUAGAAAGCAGAAGCUGGAAAGGCAAUAUAGCGAGAACUCAAUGGUGGCAAAAGAUGUGAGGCAAAGCAAAAAGAUUAAAAUCACUCAAGCCAUUGAGCGACUAGUGGAGGAUCUGAUACAGGAAUCAAUGGCAAAAGGUGACUUUGAUAACUUGAGCGGUAAAGGAAAGCCACUUAAUAAAUUCUCCUAUUGUCCACAUAUUGAUCCCAUGACUCAUAACCUUAAUAGGAUAUUGAUAGACAACGGUUAUCAGCCAGAGUGGAUCCUCUUGCAGAAGGAAAUCCGGGAAACAAUCGAGACAUUAAGGAAUGAAGUGUUGGCUUCUCGGGUAAAGCUGGGAGAUCCACUGACUCCCAAAACCAGUAAGAAGUGGGAGGAGACCUGCGAUCAGUUUAAAGAGGAUAUCACGAAGCUCAACAAAAGAAUAAAUGACUUUAACUUGGUUGUUCCUCUUCUGAACAGGCAAAUGGUUCACUUUAAUGCGGCUAAAGAGAUCUCGCAAGCUGAGAAGAGGUAUGCGGCCCAAAGGGAAACCAUGCGAAAAGCAGAUGAAAUCAAAGCAGAGAGAAUGGAACUGAAAGAGCAGCAGCUUGAGCCUAAAAAAAAUCUUCUUAACUGGAUAAAGCAAUUGAAAACAUUCUAAA